GGCACUAGUUCAUGAGAAACUUCAUCAGAAACUUUUCCGUCCGCUCCGAGCAUCUGAAGCAGACUCCGACUCUGAAGGGAUUCACACUGCAGCUUCAAUCUAGAGCUGCUCUAAAGCUUUCGCUGAAGUUUGAGGAGGAUCAUUACAAAAUGCCACGUUCAUUUCUUGUCAAGAAAUAUUUCUCCAACAAGAAGCCAAACUACAGUGAACUGGAGAGUCAGACCGACCAAAGCUAUGCUGUCGUCCCACAAUGCUUCCCCAUUAGAGAAGGCGACUCUGUGGUGCCCACCUAUCCCUCCAUGCUUGUGUGGACCACCAGUGCCUUACCCCUUACCUUCACAGCGGAGUCACCCAGCAUCCCCUCUCCUCCUGGGCCUCUGGACCUGAGCUCUCAGUCCAGCUCCAGCAGCAGCGGAGAGGAGGACGACUGCCGUACAUCUGAUCCCCCCAGCCCAGACCCCACCGACCGCUUCCAGUACGCCCACUGCGGCAAGACCUGCAGCAGCCCGGCUGCGCUUUCUCGCCAUCAGCUUACGCACUGCACCGCCAGCCCGCAGACGGUCAUUACCGCUGCAGGAGCCGCCAGCACAAGCACUAGAGCCGCCUUCCACUGCAAGCACUGUCUCAAAGAGUACAACAGUCUGGGUGCGCUCAAGAUGCACAUCCGCUCGCACACACUCCCCUGUGUGUGCACCACGUGUGGAAAGGCCUUCUCCAGACCCUGGUUACUGCGAGGACACAUCCGCACACAUACCGGUGAACGUCCCUUCUCAUGCCCCCACUGUAACCGUGCGUUUGCGGACCGCUCGAACCUGCGCGCUCACCUGCAGACCCAUGCUGAAGUGAAGAAGUACCAGUGUGCAACGUGCUCUCGUACCUUCAGCCGCAUGUCCCUCCUGCACAAACACACCCUCUCCGGCUGCUGUCCGUCUGCCUAGAGGCCAUCUCUCGGCAUUGAGCUGGGAUGGGUUUAAGCCAUAAGUGAAUGUCUGGACUCGUAGAAAAUGUACUGACGCUGUUUUAGAAGCACAAAGUGCCUUAUCUUUGCUUCCACAAGCCAGAGGACUGAUGAUGUUAUUUUUAUUUUUUUUACCAGUGUUAGUCUUACACACGUUCACACACAAAGUGUCUACAGUAACGGCCUGUUAAAUGUAGACUGCAGAUUUUUGUCGUGGGAAGGGGGCCCACAGACUGGCUCUCGUGGAUUCCCAGGAUGCACCUCGGUGCCGGCUGGUCCGGGACUGUGAGGGGGCAGCUGCUAUAAAGCAUGUGUGGUGAGAGGUCAUCUCUCACCAAGAUCUCCACAGACGUGCGGGGAUGUAUUGAGACAGCUGUUGCAGCGCAGGCCUGUUGACAAAUGCAUUGGCUUUAUCUCUAGACUGAUGGCUGAAAAGCACACCAAAGACCUGUUUUAAUAAGAAGUUCAAUUAGGCUUUGGAAUUUGUCUCUGUAAUCCGAGCUUCGAGGUAUUACAUCAUUCGGCAUCUCCUGGAUGUUUUUAUGUUCUUAAACACUGAAUAAGGUGUCAAAAACACACAAGAAAGGUCAUUUGGUUUUAGAAGUUAUGUACAAAGUUCACUCCAAGCCACCUGAAGUGAAUAGAAUUUGCAGGCUCUCAUUCGAGAAAGGUCUUCCGUGAAACCUUUAUCAUCUUGUCGUCUUUUUCCAAAGCCACAAUAAAGCUGCCUGUCUACGUAUUGUUUAUAUGUUGGACGUAUAACACAAACCAAAUGCUAUGCAGUCUUUUUGGAGCAAAGAUGUUUUUGUGUA